AUGUCUGGGCAUGCCUUUCCUCAGGACUACUAUUUGCAGAAUGUACCCUCGAAUGAUUUAUACGACUAUGAUGUCUUCGGCACUCCUGAUCCUACACCGACCACUCUCCACCGUGCCCAUACCAUUGGCAAUUUCCCAGGCUUUGAUUACACCUACGACUACUUUCAGACAGGUCAAGGUCCAGCAACUCCUGGAAGUUGGGCGGGAGACGAGAAAGGCAACUUCGAUGAUGUUCUCUCCGUCUAUUCGGAGGCUCCUUCCAGUUAUCUUUCCUCGGACCUGUCGGAACAAACAAGACUUGAAUCGAUCAUCUCUUCCAGUCGCAAUACUCCUCCUAGUUGUUCACAGCCGUCCACAAUCUUUCCAGAAUCCACUUCAGAAGUCGAUUCACUGAUGAAGACACUCCAACCACCGCCAAUGCAACCAGUGUCUACUCAUACCACCACAAAACCCAAGAAGCACCUAUGUCCCUAUUCUGACUGCGGCAAAUCAUUCUCUCAACCAACCCAUCUCAAGAUUCAUCUUCGUUCUCAUACCGGAGAAAAGCCAUAUACUUGUUCCAUCUCUACGUGCCGGCAAGCAUUUUCCCAGCUUGGCAAUCUGCGUACGCAUGAACGACGGCACAUCGGACAACGACCCAACCGGAAAAGAGCGUUGUCCGAUCCUGGAUCUUGCCAGAAAAGGUAUGAGUGUAGGCUUGAUGGCUGUCGAAACACUGAAGGUGGGCAUGGCGGUAAGAUCUUCACACAACUUGGUAACCUCAAGGCCCACAUGAACAAAUUUCACAGAGAGACUCUGGCACGGCUCUCUCACCAAUUCUCGGCCAAUGAAUAUGAUCCUGAGGAGGAGGAGUUGAGAGAAUACUUCCAGGAGCUCUACAGGCACAGCAACAAAGGGAUCAAGGGACGUGGCAAGGGCCGAAAGGUUGAAGUACUUGCCACACUGGAUCAACCCUGA